GCCCCGCCCCUUCCGCUUCUCAGGCCUGACCUUCCGGCCGCUGGGUCGUUCGCUUAGCCGACAUUGACGCGUCCUCGCGAUUUGGCCCGACAAGCCCAGUCUCGUGACAUCAUGGUGGCGUACUGGCGACAGGCUGGACUCAGCUACAUCCGAUACUCCCAGAUCUGUGCAAAAGCAGUGAGAGAUGCUCUGAAAACAGAAUUCAAAGCAAAUGCUGAAAAGACUUCUGGCAGCAGCGUAAAAAUUGUGAAAGUGAAAAAGGAAUAAUCUACCCUGACUAAAGCUUGAAACACUGCAUUUUCAAGGUGAAGAUGUGUGGGCACAUGUUAUGGCAGAUUGAAAACGAUCACACUUCAUGGAAAAAAAUACCUGUCUUGUUCCUAGAUUGACAAUGUCAAUAAAUUGAAGUAUAUGGUUCA